UUUCUGUAGCAUUUUCUACUGAACUGGAUUUGUUUCUCCUGCAUAGUUAAUGCUCUCCUGGGCGAGGAUUGUUUCAUCUGCUUCUCUAAGCUCAGCAUCUAGCCUAGCAGCUUCUUUAGUGUUUAUGAACUAGGAGUCCAAAUGGGUCGUUCUCAUACAUUUUUCUUCCUUACGUUGCCGCACAGGAGGCUGCGGGUGGAGUGGCAGUGGGUGAAGAAUGGACAGAUGAGCGCCUGGAGAAAGUCCCACAGAGGGAGGCGUUUCUUGACAACUGUAGAGUUACAAGGUUCAGCCACAAAGGAAGAAGAAGCGGGAAGGAUAAAAGAUUGCUGGGAAAACCAGGACGCUCCAGCACUUUCUACGUGUAGCAAUGCCAACAUCUUCCGAAGGAUAAAUGCCAUCCUGGAUAACUCUCUGGACUUCAGCAGAGUCUGCACCACACCUGUAAAUCGAGGAGCCCAUGAUCACUUGCCAGCAGACUUCCAGGACUCUGAAGAAACAGUCACAAGCAGGAUGCUCUUCCCCACCUCUGCGCAAGAAUCCUCCCGUGGCCUCCCAGAUGCAAACGACUUGUGCCUUGGCCUGCAAUCGCUCAGCCUCACAGGCUGGGACCGACCCUGGAGCACCCAGGACGCCGACUCCCCGGCCCCGAGCAGCACACCCUCAGUGCUGAGCAUGCUCCACACCCCCUUGGGCAGUGUCCUGGGGAAACCUCCAUUGAGCUUCCUGCCUCUGGACCCCCUGGGAUCAGACCUGGACAAGUUCCCAGCGCCAUCAGCGAGAGCGGCCCGCCUGGACCCCCGGCCCAUCCUGGACUCCCGCUCCAGCAGCCCCUCCGACUCCGACACCAGUGGCUUUAGCUCCGGCUCAGACCACCUCUCGGACUUGAUUUCAAGCCUUCGAAUUUCCCCUCCUCUGCCUUUCCUAUCUCUGACUGGGGGUGGUCCCAGAGACCCCUUAAAGAUGGGGGUUGGGUCUCGGAUGGACCAAGAGCAAGCCGCUCUCGCUGCGGUCACUCCCUCCCCAACCAGUGCAUCAAAGAGAUGGCCAGGAGCAUCAGUGUGGCCAUCCUGGGACCUCCUGGAAGCGCCCAAAGACCCCUUCAGCAUAGAGAGAGAGGCCCGGCUGCACCGGCAGGCUGCAGCGGUGAAUGAAGCCACCUGCACCUGGAGUGGCCAGCUUCCCCCACGGAGCUACAAGAACCCCGUCUACUCCUGCAAGGUGUUCCUCGGAGGUGUUCCUUGGGAUAUUACGGAAGCUGGCCUGGUUAACACCUUCCGUGUGUUUGGCUCUUUGAGUGUGGAGUGGCCUGGUAAGGAUGGCAAGCACCCCCGGUGCCCUCCCAAAGGGUAUGUGUACCUGGUCUUUGAACUCGAGAAGUCCGUGCGGGCCCUGCUGCAGGCAUGCUCCCACGACCCCCUGAGCCCGGACGGGCUGGGCGAGUACUACUUCAAGAUGUCCAGCCGCAGGAUGCGCUGCAAGGAGGUACAGGUGAUCCCCUGGGUCUUAGCUGACAGCAACUUCGUCCGAAGCCCAUCUCAGAGACUGGACCCCAGCAGGACGGUGUUUGUGGGUGCGCUGCAUGGGAUGCUCAACGCCGAGGCCCUGGCGGCCAUCCUGAAUGACCUCUUUGGGGGGGUGGUGUAUGCUGGAAUCGACACUGAUAAGCACAAAUACCCCAUUGGCUCUGGCCGCGUGACCUUCAAUAACCAGCGCAGUUACUUGAAAGCAGUCAGCGCGGCCUUUGUGGAGAUCAAAACCACCAAGUUCACCAAGAAGGUCCAGAUUGACCCCUAUCUAGAGGAUUCUCUGUGUCACAUCUGCAGCUCUCAGCCUGGCCCCUUCUUCUGUCGCGAUCAGGUGUGUUUUAAGUACUUCUGCCGGAGCUGCUGGCACUGGCGGCACAGCAUGGAGGGCCUGCGCCAUCACAGCCCCCUGAUGCGGAACCAGAAGAACCGAGACUCCAGCUAGAGGGGCUGGCCCUGCCCGAGGGCAGGUGCCCCAGGCUGGCCGGUCCAGGGUGGCCCGCACCACCUGCCACCGGCCACCAGGGAGCUGGCUUCCCGAGGACAAGGGACAUCGCCGUCACGUUUGCACCCGCUGAACCUGUCUUUGUUUCUGCACUGAUUAAUGCACAAUGAGUUUUGUCGGGUUUUGUUGUCGGGGUGAGCAGGUCACGGACCCCUGGCUCACCCUCCAAGCAACUCUGUAGUUUUCCCAGAUUUUAGUUCCUCAUUUUGCCGAUGAAAAGCAAAAAAGAACUACGUGUCCAGAAAGUGCUGGCACAGACGCCUGCCUCUAGGUUUAUUUAUUAGAAGCGCUUUUUUACAUUCCUUGCACUACUGGUGGUGAAGACGCGCAGGCCUCGCAGGUUUCGUUCCGCAGUUGCCAUACAGUGCCUUUCAUUGAUUUGGCCCCACCUGAACGGCAUAAACUGAGUGUUCAGCUGGUGUUUUUUACUGUACACAACAAGGAGACUUUGCUCUUCAUUUAAACCAAAAUCAUAUUUCAUAUUUUACGCUCGAGGGUUUUUACCGGUUCCUUUUUACACUCCUUAAAACAGUUUUUAAGUAGUUUGGAACAAGAGAUUUUUUUUCUUUCCUGGCAGCUUUUAACAUUACAGCAACUUUGUGUCUGGGGCUGCUGGCCGCUGUCUCACAGUUGCAAAGGAGGCGUUUGCAACCAAGAAGACACCUUUUUUUUGGAUUUGAACCUGGACCGGAUAGGUUUGCGCAGCUGCUGUACAUAGUUUUAAAUGGUUUCCUGCACCUUCUUCAGUUGCACUUGCGGGGGGUGGGCUUGGUAGACGUUUUUAAUCACAAAGUCACAGGACUUUUUCUUUUGUAACAGCUAACAAGGGCUGCUUUCGGGUGGGGGCGGGGGCGGCUCGCAGGAGCCCUUUCUCUGGGGGGACAGGACCCUCCCGUAUUCCUUUCCUUCGAGAACUGUGUGAGCACCAGGUACGGUCGGCGGAAAUGCUACUGGAAUUUGAAAACUUGACUCUUUCUUUUUCUUUCGUUGUUUUUUUUAAACAAAAUGGACUCGCCCCUCUUUGGGAAGCUGUGUGCCAAAGAACCAGUGUCAUGCCCUCCCCCUGCUGAGCUGACCUUGCGUCGUCGUUGCCUACCCCAGCUACUCGUGGGUUUCGUGAAGCCGUGUGAAGUCUCUACCUCACUGUAGUACAUGCCGGCCGCCCGCAGGUGCGGGGCGCUGCCGUGUAGUUUUCUUGGCACAUAAUAAACACGUUGCAGCAGAGCUCGGGUCUGCGUGUCUGG